AUGGUGGCAUAUGUGUUGACAGGGUUUGAAACCAGAAAUAGGUAUGCUGUCUUAGACAACAAAGGCCAACAAAUCUUCUUUGUACAGGAAGAGUCCAGUUUAUUUGAGCGCAUCUGUUUCCCAAAGAUCCGAGGGUUUCAGCUUCAUGUUACAGACAAUAAUUCAGUGGAAGUGAUGCAAUUCUCUCGAGAAUUCAAGUGCAGUAAUGGAUGUUGCUGGUGUGGUGAGGGAUGCUGUAGCAUAACUAUCAACAUUGAGUCACCUGUUGGAAAAAUGAUUGGUAGAGUAAAGACUGGAAAUUCAAAAUGGAAACAUCACUUUCAAAUAUUUGAUGCUGCUGACAAUCACCUGUUUACAAUAUGGGGACCUUGCUGUCCAUGUCAGGCAGUGUGCUGUCCAGAUGAUAUCGACUUCCCUAUAACGGACCCGUCAUUACAAACACGUGUGGGGAACAUUGCUAAGCAGUGGAGAGGAUGUUGUGCAGAAUCCUUCACAGAUGCUGACCAGUACUGCUUGACUUUCCCAGCAAAUAUGACAGUAGAUUGUAAGGCCCUACUGAUGGGUUCUCUCUUCAUUGUGGAGUACCUUGUGUUUGAGAGACAGAAGAAGAACAAUUAGAUGAGGUGUUGCCUUGGCAACGUGUCUACUAGGCAAUGUGUAUAUCAUAUGACAAAAUGCAAAAUACACUUGCUUUGAAACUAAACAUCUACAUAGACUUACUUGAUUUGACAGUUCUUAAAUGAUUUCUUUUAUUUGUGUUGUUAUCUAAUUUUUAUUGUUUUAUAUUUCAUUAUCCCCCCCAUACUAUGGUGAGGUGUAUUGACUUUGUCUGUCUGUCUGUCUGUCCUUAUGUCACAAAAGUUUGUUUAGACUCCUGAGACUACUGGUGAGAUUUCAACAAAACUUUAUAGGAAGGUUCAGUUUUAGGGCUAGUUUCGCAUAAUCAACUUGUAGUGCAAACAGUACUGUUUUUACCUCUCUGGAUAUCUUUGCUCUUUGACCAGAUAUUGCAUAUUCAUUUACUCUGCCAUUUUUUAACAAAGCAGUAUGGGAAGACGUUUGCUUUUUCCAGAAGCAGUCGCAAGUUUUAUACUAUUUUAUGGCCUUCAGAAAAAGAAAUGAACAACUUAAGUUUUAGUGUAAAGUGAUCGGAUAUAAACUCUGUCAGGAUUUUGCUGUGUUCUAAAGAACUAAAUCUGUUCAUACAUUUUCUUAUAUUAAGAAAAGAGAAUAUUUGAAAAAGCAACUUUACUGAUGUGUGAUUAUUAAUGGCACAAACUAUGUGUCAAAGUUUUAUCAAUUACAGGACGAUAGUAUAUAGUAAUAUUGACAUCAAGAACCUACUCGUAGCAACGAAGAAAUAAUACCAUAUUUUUUUCCACUGUUUUACAUAUAAGGCACACAAACUAUAAAUGGCAGAAGGUUAUUGAAAUUUUACACUUAACCAGCAUAUCCUACCAAAAAAUUGUAAUGUAACAUUUGUUUUUCAGUUUGUGUUUUUACAGAUCUUGAUAUUAAACAAGUCACAGGAUCUCUGUGUACAUGUGUGUAUAUAUAUGUAUAAACUUUUAUGUGUAAGCAGGAUUCUUUGUUCAUAAAAGCAAAUAAUUGUACAAUAAAACCUAACACUAAUAAUACAGUGAGACCUUUCAAAUCUUGGAGAAAAAAAUGUCAUUAAUUUGUUUUGCAUGGACAUAUUGUAAGUCUGUUAUAUCAAAGUUUAACUAUUUUACAGAAUUAAGAGCACAUUGGAUGUCUGUACAGAUGGUAGUUUUGAAUGAUAGUUUUGGUCUGUAUUGUGGAUUUCGAAUGCAUAUGCAUGAAAUAUAUUGUAUCAUAAACUAUAUUGUAAACAUAGAUGUGUACGUUAGUGGAAAUAACAGUAUGUAUGGUGUACUUUUUAAUGAUUAUUUAACCAUUAUUGAUAUUUUAUCCAACAUGUUUUUAUCUGAUAUUGUUAAACAAGAGAACAAACCACAGUUGCUCAUUUCUCAUUAUUUCCAUGACAGCUGUCGCAAACACCUUUCUGUUUUUAUAUACUGUUAACAUAAAAUUAUUUUGUUACUAUCUACUGCAGAUUAGGUAGUUUUUAUAAAGGUUUAUUUUUCUAUUUCAUGGUUAGCAACCGUAUUGAUGGUGUAAAUGUUCGCUAAACACAAGUUUCUUAUGUUUAAGGACAUAAUGCUGUUCAUUAUUCAAAAAUAUUUUGAAUUCAGGAGUGGUAUUAUUCAGGGGUGAUAGUGAAAACAAAACCAAUACCAACAAGUAUACAAUAUGAAAACCUGUACAGUGUCAACUUUGACAACAUAUUGAUCUUUACCUUAGAAACCAAGUAAGGCUUUAAAUCAACUGGGACAAAUUCAUGAUGUACCUUAAACAUUUUUUCUGAAAUCUGUGUUUUGUGAAUGAUAUAUUUAUACACACCACUGAAAGUAAUGGCAGUAAAUACUAUCAGAGUGAGUACCCUAGAGAGAGGCAGGUAUGUACAGAUGCUCAGCUGGUGUUUUCCGUCAUCAUUAUCGGGGGUGUACAGAUAGGAAAUACAUUGUAUUUUAGAUUUCUAAGAUAGUUGAAAGUUACUGUUCUAUUUUCAUAUUGUUUGCAACUACUGCAAUCUACCUCAGGUAUUUGUGACACUUGUGUACUGUGAUAUAUUUGGGACAUACCAUUUUAUAAGGCAGGAGAUGCAAGGUGCUUGCUACAUUAUCAAUACAUGUUUUUGUUAUCUUAAUUUUUUUUGUGGGAAAUUAGAUAUAUUAUAAUGAUUAUUUGAUUUUAUUUUUCUGUAUUUCAGUUUCCGCUCAUACUUGUUUAACCAGUGAAAAAUAUUUUUUCCAUUGCAUAAUAAAAUAUUAUAGUAGAACCUGACAGAGCAUCGAACAGAGCAUUGAGACAAAUACCCACACCUGCUGUCAUCACCGGUCAAAAAUAAAAUGGUGAAUUCCCAGACUUGAUCUGAGCUCAUUAUCUUGUAUUAUUUUUAUCAAGUGUGUUUUACUUUAGUGAAAAAAAAAAAACAAAAUGAUUGUGUGCAUGGUACAAAUAAUCAACUGUAUUUACUUCAUUGUUAUGCAUGUCAUAUGUUCAUACAAAAAGCAUUAAACAACAGUUGAUGUAACGUGAAAAUGGCUGAUGUAAUGUGAAAGAGUUACUUUUUCUUGAUUUAGAAAUAGGCAAAAGAGGUCAUUUUAAAAGAUUGUGGCUCUUUUCUUUUAAGGUUCUUUUUAUCUUUCAGAAGUAUGUUGUUCCUUUGACAGUGAAAUAUUAUGUAGGGAUAGCACAUGUUUUUUUUUGUGAUAACAUCUGCAAAAUACCGAGGGGUGGGUGAGGGUACCAAAGAACCUAGAGGGAUUCUGAAGAUGUUAUAACAUUAAAACUAUUAAAUAAAUCAAUAUAUUGUCCAACAACAUCAUUAAAUUUCUAUGAAAUGUGCUCUUUUAUCAUGUUGACUUCAUUUCCUUUUGAAUUAUCCAUUUUGGGGCUGUACUAUGUUUACGUUUUGCCACUGAACAAGCUUAUAUGUAAAAAGGUGUUUUAACAGCGUGUGAGGGCACAAUCUGUUAACACAUGUUUACUUUCCCUCCCAUGAAAGCACCCCUAACAAUGACCAGAAGAGCAGUUUUAUGCUAGAAUAUUUUAUUACAUGGACCUAGUUCCUGUAUUAUGGUCAUUAUUGUUGAAAUACAUUUUACAGGAUCUUUCCGCAGAAUAUACAAUAAAAUGAAUGGGGAAAAUUUUUGAGACACUAUUUGAUUUGAGAAAAUACUCUGUUGUAGAAAUAUCGGUACCUAGAUGGUCAUUAUACCAAGAACCACUGUACUCAAAUCUGAUAUCAUAUUGAACUACUGCACAGAAGAUAUGGUUUCAAAAUAAAAAUAUUGUAAAAUAAAAAUUGGGUAUAUCACAAAUAGUAACAGAUAAGGAUUUGGACUUUGCCUACUUCCCUUUUUGCCUCAUUUCAUUCUGAUAUGUGCUCAUCAAACAGUUGUUUUGCUCAAUGGAAGAAAAGUCCCUAACAAGGCAAG